GGGUUUGUUAUAUCGGGGGUUCGUUAUAUAGAGGGAAUUUAUAAGAGUUUCUUAACUUUGGUUCAUUAAAUCGAGUUUUUCCUUAAAUCGAGGGUUCGUUAUGUCUACUGUAUUUCAAAUCGCCAAAAAUGCGUUUUCUCCAAAAACGGGGUUACAACAUUGUAUUGUAUAUGCGAAACCGCCAACAGAUAAUAAUACAUAAGAAUAAAUAGUGACUGUAGACAUAUCGCACAAAAUGUGACACCGCCCCACGCGGGAAAUUAAUUUUAUAUUCUAUUUCUGUAAUAUACUAAAUAUUCGGUAUUUUGUUUCGAAAAUACUUAAAUCUAUUCGUUGUCAAAUAUUAAUUUCCUUUGCGUAAAGGUUUUAAAGAUAUUUUAAAAUGAAGUUUACCAAAAAUAAUAAUGUUUGCACUGAGACUUUAGCAAUUUAAUAUUAAAACAGAUGAUUUGAGUGAACCAAUGAAACAAGAGAAGUUCCUAUCUUGUUGGUAGUCACAGGAUAUUGCCUAAUAAGGACGUACCCUUAUCACUUAAUGAAAAUAAGAUUCUCAAUUAAUUCUAUUCUGCAUUGAAAACAGUUGUUUUGCACGGACUAUAUGAAGUUACUAUAGCAACGCAUUCCAACAUUGUGAUAAGUUUUAUAUUUUGUGUGUUCUCAGCGGAACAUUCUUUUUCGGACAAAACAAGUCAUUUUGUGAGUUUUGUUGAGCACAAAGCAGAGCAGUACAGCAAGAUCGCACUUAAAUCGAUUCUUUCAAGAUGAAUUGGAUUAUAUUAUUAUUAUGUUCUUUGUCAUCUGCACACGCUUUCAAAAUUAAUAAGCAUUUGAAUGAUAUGUUGUUGGAUGACGGAGAUGUGAAUGAAGCAAUAUUAGACAGUAAGGUGGGCGAUACAAAGGUUAAUUAUGGAGAUGAAUACAGAGAUAAUGAUGAUGAGGACGAGGAUGAUGAUGAGAAUGAUGACGACAGUGAUAAUGGAGAUAAUGCUGAUGGUGAUGAUGGAGAGAUUGAUGGUGAAGGUGAAGGAGAGGGAGUUGAAAAAAAGGAUGCUGAAAAGAACACAAAAAGAGGUCUGAUGCUCGCCUGUGGUGCUACAAGAAGAGUUCAUACAGAUUGUUGUCCUGUUACCAUAGCAACAAAGAAAACAAAGAUGCAGCUCAACUGUCAUUUUGUGUGUGAGCGGCAAAGAAACCCACCGCACUGUGGAUUAAAGGUGAAACGCAUCUGUGAGCAUAAUACGAUAAAAAUAAUACAAAAGUCUGUGUGUAAACCACGACGAGUGUACAAGACAAUCCAAUUUUUACUUCCUUCAGUGAUACAGUAACAACAAGUCUACAAUGACUACAACAAGAUGAAGUUUACUUCAUUAUGUUUUUGUAAUUUUUUAUUAAUUUUCUUUGUAAUUAUCCGUCUCAUUUUGUACAAUCCAAGUUCCAUUCGUAUUUCAAAUAUUGCAGUGUGUUUAUAAAAUUACUAGCAUUAUCAUUUACUUAAAAAUAAGAUAUAUAAUGUGGUGAAAGAUCCUCGGAAUAGACCUUUCCCAACUUUUCUAAUUAUGCCAAACUCAAUUAAAGAGGUCGAUACCAAAAAUGAUUCUUAUCUCUAAGUUCCUUAGCAAAAGGUAAAAAAAAUUAACUAAUUUGGUAAACAUUUUUGUUCGUUAAGUGCCUCAAUUCCGAGCAGAGACGGUCAAACCCUUUAUAUAGCCGAGUUUUCCAAGGAUAGCCUCGUUUUCAAAAUAAUUAUUAUCUUCAAAUCUAAAUAAAAUCCAACCAGAAUAUUAUACUGCUCUAAAAACUACAUUUUUCAUGAUAAUUUAAUAUUCUAUCUGAAUAUCCUUAUUUGAAGAGCACAGAAUCAUUAUAAAAUUUUGGAUGACGUUGUAAUUUUUAUAAGGUAUAUUAUUAUUAGUCUCAAUCGUUGCACAUAACAAACAAAAAAUAAUUAAACAUGUUUUUUAAACGAGCUUCCGACCAGAGUCAUGAUCACAUUUACAUAUUUUGUGAACAAACUACCCAAAAAGAUAAAAGGCAAUAAAUGACACACACUCCAACAACAGACAUAGAGGCUAGCCAUGUAAAAGUUGCACAUCACUCUCUCAUAGACAGUAAUAAGGUUGCACAAAAAUUU